AUGGCAUCGAGAGCGAUGAAGGUUAAAGGGAAGAAGAGCGGAUCAAUGUUGAAUUUGCCGAGUCGUGAAGUCAGCGCUCGGAGGCAGGUUGGAGAUGCCGAGAGCGUGGUCAACCCACACUCAACAGGCGCCGCGACUCCUUGGUGGCGCAAUGUCGGCAUGGAGGAGGGCAUGUAG